AUGCUGUGGAGCUACUUUCCCUGGUACAAGGCCGCCUCGAGUCGCCGUAGUGGCGACGACGACGCAACUUUGGGCAUACGAAGCACAUGGACAGGCUCCAGUACUAGCAAAGGCAAGCAUUCUGUUCUGGGCGUCUUCACCGGCCAGGGCGCUCAAUGGGCCACUAUGGGGAUGCGCCUAAUUGAGUCGUCGGCUCCCGCCCGGGAGCUGAGCAGCCGGACGGCAACCAGGGCAACAGGGGCUAUGAUGGCAGUGGGCACGACGCUGGAAGAGCUCGACGGCCGUCUGACGGUUGCCGCAUGCAGCUCGUCCUCGAGCGUCACCUUGUCCGGCGACCUUGACGCACUAGAGCUUGCUCGCGAGGGGCUAGAAGACGAGAAGUUUACUCGCGUCUUGCGAGUUGAUACAGCAUACCACUCACACCAUACAAAAGAGCCAGCUGUAGCCUUUAGGAAGUCGGUGGUCGACUGUGCUAUCAAAAUUCUCCAGCUGAUUGGAGAGGACUGA